UAAGUGGGUACCUGGUGGCGGCAGCACGCAGAUGUCACGGGAAGGGGCAGCAGCGCAACACACCACACUUCGUUCUCUUUUGUUUUUACAUAAGCUAUCGUGUUGGAAGCUAUACUAGUUGACUAAGCUACGGGCUGGACGAUCGGGAAAUCCGAGUUCGAUUAACGGUAGGGCAGAGAUUUUUCUCUUCACGGCGUCUAUUUAAGGACUCCAAGACAAGUCACAUAUCCAAUGGGUACCGGCGACUCUUUUUGUUACUAGCUAAAGGGCUGGAAAUAUCUAUAAACUGUUUUUCUAUUGGGCCAUAUACAUCAACAUAUUGUUAAACAUAAUUUGAACUCCCUUCGUGUUCGGGUUCAGUGAGAAAUUAGUUUUGUUACAUUCACUCAUACGAAGUUUGUGCCAAGAACAUGAGAACAGUUUUGGAGUGACUGUCACCACCAGGCUACAGCAUGGUGCUUCAGAAGUUGGUACCAUGUCGCUGGCAGCGUGGGCGCCCCAAGAAGAGAAGCCACGUGGUAUUGGUGGGUGAUGGCCGUCUCAACAACCCCGCUGCUCGACUUGCGACACAUGGGCAAGUUGGUGGUGUUGGCGGUGGUGGUGGUGGUGGAGGCGGCUGCACUGAUGGGCGGGCCAUGAGUUCCGUCAUGGUAGCACACUCCGGUAGUGAGUCCGUGCUAGGAACUCUAUCCUCCAGCAAUAAUAAUAAUAAUAAUAAUAACAACAGCAGCAACAACAACAACAACAACAACAGUGGCAGCUUUCACGUGAAUAAUAACGAUCCCUCACCCGGCGACCUGGCGCUGCUCGCGAAGUUGGAGGAGGCCAACAGGCUUAUUGAAGCCGAUGCCAAAUCCUUGAAUUCCCUUUCUGGGAGUGGCCAUUCCCGGAAGAGUUCAGAUACAUCCCAGAUUUCAUUAACUUCAGGUACUAGCAUCAGUCAGGAACGCAAUGAGGAUGGAGAGGAAGAUAUCUGGACCCUGUGGGGUAGAGUAUCCAAUGACUGGGACAACUUUUGGAAGAAGCGCAACUCCUUUGUUAGAGAGCUUGUUCGGAAGGGAGUGCCUCACCACUUCCGAGGCAUUGUGUGGCAGCUACUGUGUGGUGCACAUGACUCCCCUGUCAAGAAGCAGUAUGCUGAUUAUAUCAAGGCAACUUCAGCAUGUGAAAAGGUGAUCCGACGCGAUAUAGCACGCACAUAUCCAGAGCAUGACUUCUUCAAGGAGAAAGAUGGACUGGGACAGGAGAGUUUAUUCAAUGUGAUGAAGGCAUAUUCCCUACAUGACCGAGAGGUUGGCUACUGCCAGGGUUCUGGCUUCAUCGUGGGGCUUCUCCUCAUGCAGAUGCCUGAAGAAGAAGCAUUUGCAGUGCUGGUGAAGUUGAUGCAGGAUUACAAGAUGCGGGACAUGUACAAACCGACAAUGGCAGAACUGGGACUCUGCAUGUACCAAUUGGAGAACCUUGUUCAGGAGCUGAUUCCGGAUCUGCAUGUCCACUUCCAGUCCCAGAGCUUUCAUACCAGCAUGUAUGCUUCAAGCUGGUUCCUCACACUCUUCACAACUGCUUUGCCACUGCCUGUUGCCUGUAGGAUCAUGGAUGUGUUCUUAUCAGAAGGGAUGGAAGUCAUCUUCAAAGUGGCUCUGGCCCUCCUCACACUGGGGAAGGAAGACCUCCUGUGCCUUGACAUGGAGGGCAUGUUGAAGUUCUUCCAGAAAGAUCUGCCUCCCCGUGCAAAGGCAGAUCCAAAUGGACUUAUGACACUGGCGUAUAACAUGAAGUUCAACCCUAAACACAUGAAGAAGCUUGAAAAGGAAUACACGGUGAUGAAAACGAAGGAACAGGAAGAGAUGGUGGAGCUCAGGAGGCUACGGACAGAGAAUCGACUGCUUCGACAGCGAGUUGAGCUGCUGGAGGCAGAAUCCAGUGAAUUAGCUGACCGGCUAGUGAGGGGACAAGUGUCCAGAGCUGAAGAGGAAGAAACAACGUUUGUGGUGCAGCGAGAGUUGGCAGCUCUACGACACACUCAUCUCGAGACAUCACAUCAGCUCGAAAUAGCUAAUGAGGAAAUACGGAACCUUUCCUUACUUAUGGAGGAAACCCAUACCUCAAGACAGUCGUCCCUAGAGGAGAUCAGCAUGAAGCGAGAACUGCUGUGUCAGAAGGAGGACCUCAUUAAAUGUCUGCAGGAAGAGCUGGUGAAGGUGCGGCUGCGGGAAGCUGAAAAUGAUGCUUUGAUACGUGACUUGCGGGCAAGAAUACAGGAGCUUGAAGAGGACAAGAAGACACUGCGUGAAUCAACACCAGACAACUCUGUGGCUCACCUCCAGGAGGAGCUGAUAGCAGUGAAAUUGCGUGAGGCAGAAGCAAAUCUCUCACUGAAAGACCUACGGCAGCGAGUUGGGGAGCUGAGCCAGCAGUGGCAGCGCCAUCUGCAGGAGCAUCGUGUGGAAGCAACUCCUCCACCUGAUAGCACACCCAAGAAACUGCUGUUCUGGGAGAAUCGUGGCAAUGAAACUCAGAGGCUUGAAGAAGAACUGAUGACCACACGAAUCAGAGAGAUGGAGGUCCUGACUGAGCUGAAGGAGUUGCGACUUAAAGUCAUGGAGUUAGAAACUCAGGUCCAGGUGAGCACCAACCAACUGCGCCGUCAAGAUGAGGAGAACAAGAACCUCCGAGAAGAGCUAGAAAAGGCCGAGAAUCGGGAACGAGAGCAUGUCACAAAACUUCGUGAAGAGAGUCAUCGAUAUACAGACCUUGAGUCCAAAAUGAAGGAGAAUCUGAUGAUGUCAAGGAUCCGAGACGCAGAACACUCUCAUUAUGUGGCUGAGUUAAAACAAAGGAUCUCUCUGCUGGAGCUGAAGAAUGAAGAGAUGGUUACUGAAGGAGAGCUUCGGAGCAACUUGGAUGACAGUGAGAAGGUUCGGGAGCUGCAAGACAAGGUGGCUGACAUGAAGGCUGAGAUCAUGAGGCUAGAAACUUGGAAGGAAAGAUGGGUAGGUGGCAGCACCACAGUGCGUGCAUCUGCAUCACGUUCAGCGUCCAUUGACACUGAGAGUGAACAUGAUGAAACGUCUGAUCUCCAACUGCAUCUGAACAGCGAGUCUUCGAGCCCAGAAAUCAGCCCAGCUGCAAGACACAAUGGCCAGACAUUCAGUCCAAGUCUGGAUGUCUGAUAUAAGCUGCCCUGUCCUGCAUCUGGAGGUUCCUGUACAAUUCCUGUUGGUUUAGUUUCCUGUCCAUCCCCAGUUUUCAUGAGACCACAGCCAGUAGCCAGCAGGUGUUACAGUUUAUAUGUCUGUAAAUGAGAAAGAAGAAACCAUCGACUGGAGCAAGGGUCCUUGUAUGGUGAGCUCUCAUUUACAUUACCUUUUCCUUUUAGCUCUGUUCCCUGUACUGUGGCUGGUAGGACCUGUUCUCUGCUGCUGUUAUUUGGUUUUUCUGGAUUCGUUCCUUCCCUUUGCACACAUAUUUGAUGAAUGUUAUGGUGGAGUGUGUUUGUUCCAUGGGAACCAGACAGCCAUAUGUGCUGCCAUGUUGUGUAUAUUUUGUGAGAUGUAAAUAGUGUAUUUUGUGAAAUUUGGACAUCAGUGGAAGAUGAGGAGAAGGAGGACAAGUGUUAUUUGCGUCAUCAGUGUAUUAUGUGUUGUAUUAAUUUAUUAAUGCAGUUUUAGGAGAGCUUCCAGUGACUGGCAUAACACGAGAAUUGGUAAGGACAACAGUAUUAAGUGCUGCAGUAUUCAGUGACAACUACAGAAUGCAGGGUGUGCAUGGUGUUGUAAUACAGUUAUAAUGCAAUAUGUAUGGCACUGUUUCUAAACACUGUUAUGUCACUACAGAAUGCAUAAAGAUGUACUGGAAUUGUAACCAAGUAUAUGUUGAAGUGCUGCAGUUGGUUGAGUUGAGAUUAACACAAUCCAUUGUUAUCCGUUAACAAAAUAAUGAAAUGAGAAUCUUAAUGAAUUACAUGCAGACCUACAAAUAUGUAAUUUGAAUAUUACUGUCUUCUGGGAUGUGACUUGCUGUAGUCUGAUACAUCACCAGUGUUUCAGGAGGGGACUGCUGCCUCCAUCUUCAGGGGACCUUCCACGCUUCUAUCCUAAACAUGGAGGAAACAGAUUUCUCCAAAAUGUUCAUAAUGUUCUAUCAAAAUGCAUGGCAUCAUAUUCCAGAAAACUGUAAUCUUUAUAGUUGCUGCUGUGAGAACAGCCAGAUCUUGCACGUGUAAUAUAUUACCAUGCCUUCUGCAGCCAUAAAGGAGGCUGGAACAGACAUUGUGAUAGAUGGCCUUUCAGAUGGGUGAGGCUCAUAGAGGCAGCCCCACUGCAGUCAUAGUGAUGUGUGGAUAACAAACCAUGUUUCUUGUGGAAAUGAAAUAUGAAAAUAUGGAUUCUUUGAACAUCAAAUAGUUGGCCGAUAGGUAUUCAUUUUAAUUCUAUGUCACAUUGUCAAUCUUUUGACAUAAGAUUUUAUAUGAUUUGAAGCUGUCAUGGCAACCAUAUUCAUUGAAGUCAUUUUGGGUGAUAAGCCAUACGCAGAUCAGGUUAGUACCCAAUGUUCUGGAGACUGUCUACAUGUCCAUUAUGAAGGAUCGAUAAGUGAUGCAGCUGCUUGUUGCACAUAUUGUUUGGAUAUAUACAGCAUUCAGCCAUGUCAGUCAGUACAAGAGCAAGUCUCUGAGACUUUGGAUACUAAUUCCGUCGUGACAUAGCUUAUGAUCCAAGGAGACUUCAUUCCAUGUUAGUAUUUUACUUACUGGUUUGAAGUUACUUAUCACUCUUCAGUUGUUGGUUUACUACCUACUUACUUUUCAGUGCUCUGAAAGUAUCCAAUCUGCAUUCACCACUCUCUCAUGCAUACACAUGUGCAUCCUGCUAUUCUGAUUCUGCAGUUGGUAGUAAUGUAUUAUGAGUACAUUUGAAAUUGGCUGGUAUAAUGAAAUACUCAUAUUUUAGAAUAAUUUGCUUACCAGCACAUAUUUAAUUUGUAGUUGUUAUUUCAUAAGCAUCAGAAGCAGUUAGCAAUGUACUUAACUUUUUUUUUUUAAUAAUUUUGAUGUGUAUAUGGAAUACUCUAACCCAUUGGCAUAUUUUGAUGGCUCUUAAACAUUCUCUUCGGUUGUGUUAGCCAUUUUGAGGACUGAUAUAUCAUCAAAUGAAAGCUGAAAUAGUUUAGUUACAGAACAUCAGAUGUAGUAACCUGUAUGGUAGUUUUGUAAUACUUAUAAAUGCAUUAGUUUUGAAAUAUUUUAAUUUAUUGUAUUCUCAUAUUUCAAAUAGUAUAAGUAAUAUGUUAAUGGGUUAAAAACAUUUUUGUCUUUCCACUAUUGCUAGACAUUCCAUCCACUUCUGCCACAUGGUAGUUUCUUGGUAGCUGUAUUUGUUUCUGUACCUGUGUCUUAUUAGUUGGGAAGUUACCUGCCCUGAAUUUAGGUUUCACUGGUGUUCAACUUCUGGGUCCAUCAAAUAUUAGAUAUUGACUUUCUUGGUUGUAAUAAAUGAUGAUAACUUUA